AUGGCAACCUGCGACGCCAAGUAUACGUUUACGUCGGCUAGCAUUGGAAGUUAUGGUGGUCAAAGCGAUGGAGGUAUUUUCCAACAAACUGAUUUUGGACGGGCGCUCCUGAGUAAUAGUUUGCCAUUACCGCCCUCAACGUCUUUGUGCCGUGAGACCACAGAAGUAUUUCCACAUUUUUUUGUGGGCGAUGCGGCAUUCCCGUUGAAAGAAAAUUUGAUGCGGCCUUACCCUGGAUCUCAACUCCCGCGAUACAAAACAGUUUUUAAUUACCGGUUGUCGCGAGCUCGCCGGGUAAUUGAAAACAGCUUUGGUAUCUUAACAGCCCGCUGGCGUGUCCUUCGCAAAGUCAUAGAUUGUAGUCCAGAGAAUUGCGAAAAGAUCGUUUUAACGUGCUUAGUUCUACACAACUUCGUUAUGCUCCACGAUCUAGAGCGUUGGUACUGCCCAGACAAUUUCGUGGACAGAGAUGACACGGAGCAAGGAACGGUACAUGGAGAAUGGCGUCAUGAUUUGCAAAACCUUGGUGGCCCAUUGCCUUCUAUCUCGUCACAUAGGCGCAACGCAAGUCAAUCUGCAUACCGUUUAAGGGACACAUUAGCACAUUAUUUCUUAAAUCAAGGAGCGGUCCCUUUUUAG